GCGAUUCGGCUCACCGCGGCCGUCGCGGACGGACGGCCGUUUUGAUUGCCGAGCGUCCCAGCGCAUUUAUUUAUAUGCAUCCGUGGAGAGAUAUGCGGCCGCUGGUGUAGAAGACGCGUCGCGCUUCCUCGGACGCGACUCGCGUUUUCGACGUGAGUUCCUCGUCCGCGACAAAUUCGAAAUCGAUCCAGCGCGUCGCGCUCGGGGUUAUCUAUCGCAAUUCGAUGAUUCGGUUGCGUUUCCCCUUCGUGAAUCAUCCCUCUCUUUCUCUUGUGUCCGGCGACGACAAGCGUGACACGUUAUAGCGCGAGAUGUACUGUGGUAGUUGGAUUCUUCAGAAUUUUCAAGAAAAUUCGAGGGCUGCUUGCGUUAAAUAGAACAGUGAUCAGAACAUAGCCAUUAUGGAAGCGUUGCGUUUAGCCAUACAGACACGGCUUGGGGAGAGGAUGGUCAGCAUGAGCUCCAUGCUCGUAGAGACAGUCAGUAUAAAUUAUGAAGAUUUUAAUGAGAGUUUUUUAACAUGUGGCACCUGUCUCUGUGUUUACGAUGGCAGUGAACAUACACCUAAAUUACUACCAUGUUCACACACGGUAUGCUUACAUUGCUUAACAAGAAUUGCCGCCUCUCAAACACGAGAGACAGGGGCGUUUAGAUGUCCCAUUUGUAGAGAAUUAAUAACUAUUCCUCGCGGAGGGGUACCUGCACUGCCCCCAAGUUUUCUUGUAAACCAACUGCUAGAUCUUAUGUCUCGGCAAAGACGAGAGGUCAUCCCGAAGUGUUCAGUUCAUAUAAAUCAGGAAUUAUUAUUUUGUGAAACAUGUGAUACAGUAUUUUGUACAGUGUGUACUGGUGGAACACACGCAGGAACGUCACCUGGAUGCACGGAACAUACGAUCAUCCCUUUUAGUAUUGCGAUAAAAAGAAUGUCUGAAAUAUUACUUUAUAAAGCUAACGAGUGUAUAUCCAAGUUAACACAGGCACAAGAUUCUGUCAGCACGGAACUACAGCGUUUAGAAGCAUCUACGGAAAAAUGUUUGAGUGCAGUAGACACAGAGUUCUCAGAGAUAAUUGCAAAGAUAGAGAGACGUCGAGCGGAGUUGCAAGCUGCCGUAACUGCUGCCGCUCGUGAUAAGAAGCAUGUACUCGAGGAGCAACAUUCUCUUAUUGAGGCAGAAAAAACCAAAGUAGAAAGAGAAUGCGAAGGAUUACAAUAUCAGGUCGAGGUCCGGAAUAUUACCCAACGUAUUAACAGUCUAUCAGAUCAGCUUGAUGCAGCAACCGCUCUCAGUGAACCCAAAGAGAAUGCUUUUAUCACAUUCGAGUUUAAUCAUAACGAUGCUCUUUCCCAAUUAGAGCAAGCAUUGAGUAACUUGGGACGAGUACGUUCUAGUACAACAUUGCCAGGUUUAUGCAGAGCCAGAUUGAAAGAUUUAGCAAUAGUGAAACUACAAACAAUCGUGAUAGUCGAAACGGUAGAUUAUCAUGGUCAUCUCCGAAAUGUCGGCGGUGAUCUUAUCAGCGCUGAAUUGACACUCGCAGAUAACAUGCAUGCAGAGAAUCAGAACUCUCCUAUUGAGACAGAAGUGAAAGAUCUGGAGAAUGGGAUUUACGAAAUUUACUUUCGACCACCAACCGCAAGCAGAUAUGUUUUGAAGGUGUCAGUAUUUGAACGGCCAAUAAAAGAUUAUCCACUUUUUUUCUACGCGACCGAGCAUAAUGAACCUAUUAAAAUAUAUGGAAGACGUGGUAAUGGAAGAGAUGAGUUUCAUCAACCAGUUUCAGUUGCAGUGGAUGAUGAAGGGAUGAUCUAUAUUUUAGAUACUGGAAAUUCUCGUAUUAAGGUACUCAAUUAUGAUUUGGAGUUUCAAAGACAUAUAAAUAAUGAAGGCUUAGAGGGUCGCAGUUGUACAGGAAUAGGUGUUUCUCAACAAGGUCUCGUAGUUGUAAAUUGGCGGACGCGAAAGAUUACGGAAAUGACUUCGUUGGGUGAUACAAUCCGAUCUUUUACACAUAAUGCAUUUCAAGAACCUAUAGAUAUUGCAGUAGACAAGAGUUAUGGACACAUACUUGUCGCUGACAAUGGCCAAAGUUGUGUAUUCGUAUUUGACUCAGAUGGCAAGAUAUUAUUUCAGGUUGGUAAGAGAGGUACGUUCAAGUUAAUCAGUUCUGUAACUGUCGGUCCAGCCGGUGAAAUUAUAGUUGCUGAUAGCAGAAUUCAAGUGUUUUCCGCGAAAGGAGAUUUCUCUGAAGAAAUAUAUUCCGAGGGCAAAGGAAAAGGUAUUUAUGGAGGAAUUGCCGUAGACGCAGAUGGCAAGAUAGUCGGUACUCGUACGGAUAAAGGUCGUAGCAUAAUACAAGUAUUAAAAUUAGGCGGAGGUAAUAUUUUAACCGAAAUCGACUCGCAUAGUUCGAAAUUGCGACGUCCAUCGGGCAUAGCUGUGCUGCCCGAUAAUCAUCUAGUGGUGGUGGAUUUGGGCAACGAUUGUAUAAAAAAAUACAGGUAUUGGUAAAAAUCAUUGUUUGUAUGGACAUCAAAAUGCACAUCGCGAGCGGGAAGAAAGCCCAUUGCGAAGGUACCAAAUGUCAAUCUAAUUUAGAAUUAUUUAUUCAAGUUUUUGUGGAAUUUGUAACAUCAUAUAUU